AUGAAAAAGAGGUACAAGGCUUCUCUACCUGACAUCCAGCUGGGGACAGCUGUCAAGGUCAAAGUGCAUAGCAAUGAUAUUCAUCAAAGCAAUGGCGUACUUGGUAUUGUCUUCAAAUGGACACCAUCCGGUGGAGUUCAAAUUAUCACUUCAGUUGGUAUUGUUACGAAGCAAUCCAACAAGCCAUAUAUUAUUCCAGCCAAUCAAUAUCUGGUCCUCCCUGAUGAUGCUAUUGCCGUCAUGCCAGAAUUGGCAAAACUCCAAACCGAUGUUAGAGCUUCUAGAGGUGUCUUAGAUCGAAGCGUGUAUCCUUCCAUUGGGCUGGUGCUGCACAUCAAAAGCUGUACGAGCGGGAAAGAGCUGCCCCACGCAAAUGCAAAUGUAAAAAAGGCUGUUCCAAAGGCUGUGGCUGCAAGAAAUUGGAGAUCAGCUGCAGUAGUACUUGUGGAUGCGGCGGAUUCUGCGACAACCCUUUCAACUGCUGAUCCGCAACUCAAAUGGCAUUCAAAAGUAUUGAUAGCAGUAACAUAA